UCAUGAAAUGACUAUGUUGAUCGAUUCUUGCAGACCCUGAAAGACAAGGAUGUUUGGACUGGUUGGGACGUUACAGAAUUAUUCAAGGAAUCUGUAGAGGGCUUCUUUAUCUUCACGAAGAUUCUCGGCUCCGGAUCAUCCAUCGAGAUCUUAAAGCCAGCAACGUUUUGUUGGAUGAGGAUAUGAAGGCCAAGAUAUCAGAUUUUGGCAUGGCAAGGAUUUUUGGUGUGGAUCAAACUCAAACAAACACAAGAAGAAUUGUUGGGACAUAUGGUUAUAUGGCACCAGAAUAUGCAAUGUAUGGACAACUUUCAAUGAAAUCUGAUGUAUUUAGCCUUGGGGUCUUACUACUAGAGAUUAUAAGUGGCAAAAGGAAUAGUUCCUUUUAUGAUUCAGAGGGUGCUGAAGACCUCAUAACCUACUGUAGGAAUCACUGGAGAGAUGGAACUCCAUUGGAAAUAAUGGAUCCCAAUUUAAGAACAAACUAUUCAAGAAAAGUGACUAGAUGUAUCCAUGUAGGCUUAUUGUGUGUUCAAGCAGAUCCCACUAAAAGGCCUACGAUGAGAACCGUCAUUCUCAUGCUCGAUGGCUACUCGGUUUCGUUGCCUCGACCUCAGGAACCGGCAUCCUUCCUUCGCAGAAGAAACGAGUCGAGUCCUCAAGGAACAAUGGGGCUUGGAGAACUGUCUAACAAUGAAGUGUCGAUAACUGAACUAGAGCCUCGGCGAACUCAUUUGUUCUUCCUUUCUUCCUUGCAACCAAAGAUUACGUUUGCGUUUAACAUUUACUUAUAG